AAAUAUCAAUUGAAACAUUGCUUAGAAUUGGCCAUUAUAUAACAUACUAAAAGUUAACUUAAAGCUAACCCCCCCUUUAAAGCAUGCUCUCCUUGUUUAGAAAAAACUCUUGUAUCCCCAUGUUUCAGAGAUUCCUUGAUCAUAUAUAUCCGAGUCACUAGCCAAGAUGGCACUGUUUUCAACUGCCCACUAGAUGCCAGUUCCCUCUAGUCUGCGGAAAACAUUAUAGAUAUCACAGCAGCCAAUGUGGCAGCUUCCAAAAAGGCACAUUCAGGAAUCAAUAAAAUGCACCCUACAAAGUUGAAUUGUUUGCCAUGAGUUAUUGCGGUUUUGCCCACUUUUAAUAAAUGAGCCUCACUGACAUGUUCUGUGACCAUGUAAAGGCAAAAGGCUGCAGGCCGACUCAUACAGGUCAGGGAACAAUGAGCAACUCAAAUGUUUUAUAAUAUUAAAGAAAUCCCCUGUACUGCAAAUGAUAAAGAUACUAUAAGUCUGGGAGUUCUGGGCUUUGCUUUUGGAGAAGGCAAUCAUGUUCUAUGCACAGAGGUCUUCCUGUGUAAAAUGACAAGUACAAGAGAAGCCACUCCAUCUCUUACAUGACACUUAUACUGGAGCUCCCCAUAGUGACGGGCACCUCGUACCAGUCUCAUCCCAGAAACACAGUAGGAAUCAGGGGUAGCCAACCAAAGCUUCUGUUGUGUGUGGGUAGCCAAUCACAGCUCCCCUGCCUUCACACAGGGAAAGAUAUGCUGCAGUCAACUGACAGGUCAACCUAACUGCUGUUUGCUGUGCAAAGUGCUGGCAGCCUUGGAUUCCCCUAUUCAGCCAUGGAAAGCAGCCAGCAGAAGGUACAGAUGUUGGUUGGCUGGCUCAAGUUAGAUUUGGGGGAAUUAUUUAUGAAAGCAGUAAGAAAUGCACAUUUUUAAAGCACAUUCCUUUAGAGGUGUAUAUGUAAUGGCAUGUUGGUGUACUUGACACUACAGGUCCCCUAUAAAACCAAUAGUUUGCACUCAGCUACAUGGCAAAUACCUACGUAAUGAGAGCAAUCAUGUCAAGUUAGGGGAACUUUAGGCAGUUAGUUAGUCGUACCAUUUUCUGUAUCUCACAAAACACUUUAAUAAAAGAAAUAGUGGAUACUGACAAACACAAGCUAUGGGUUUGCACUGGACAUAGGCACCUAACGGUUUUCGCCGGCCCAACCAAUCAGAGUGUGUGCUGGCCCAGCCAAUCAGAGCGCAGCAGAGGUGACUUAGGAGUAACAGACGCUUAGUACCAACAGUCUUAAGAGACAGUUGGAGAGGAGUGAGAGAGAGAGUGAGAGAGAGAGAUAGCGAAAAAGAGAGAGAUUGUGAGCAUGGAGAUUUCAAAAGCGAGGAAGCGAAGACGACAGAUCAACGAAGAAGAACAACUUUCCCCUGGGUGCUGCCAUGAUCCCAAAAGGGUGAGGCACCAGGGUGAUCAACGAGGGACAUGCCACCCUUCAGCUGGGGACCCAGCACUUCAAAAUGAGCCUUGGAACACCUUAGCUCACAUAGGCAUUGGCCUAGAGACCUUCAAGGAGUAUGGGGAAGACGCCUACAUGUACAACAAAAGCCUUGAAGAGAGAUUUAUGGCUUUGAACUUUCUACAAAGUCAGCCAGAAAUCACUUUGGCGUCAUGGUAUGAGUUCACCAGCCUGCUUGUCUUCAUACACAGACGCCUGAAGUUGGACUUUAGGUCUCUGUGCUUGACUGUCAACCUUCUGGAGCGGUUUCUUGCCCGCACUGCUCCCAUCAAGACCACCGACCUGAACAGAGUAGGAGCCACUUGCUUCAAUAUAGCCUACAAGUUAGUGGACAAACGGCAAUUCAGCCUAUGGAAUUGCCUAAAACUCUUUGAUGCCACCAUUACAAAGAAGGAAAUGAACCAACUGGAGCGAAUCAUCAUUUGCAGAUUGCUUUUUGAACUGUUAGCACCGACCAUCGAUGACUUCUUGGAGCAUUUCACCCUCCGGAGAGUAGCCAGCCAGAAGCCUGUAGCUGCCCAGCAGACAAAAGAAGCCAUUGCCCUGACUGCUGCUAGAGGCAUCGCCGCACUGAGCCUGACCCACCAUCAUGAGUUUUAUACUUAUGCACCCUCCAUGAUGGCUCUGUGCUGCCUGAAAGUAGCCAUAAAAUUCUACCCUUCAGGCAAACCCAUCAACGUGGAUCCCGCUGAAUACCCAGAUCACGUAAUGGAAGAGUGUGUCGGGAAGAUCAUCGCUCUGGUAUCAUCCAGGCAGAGCUUUUUACACAUGCUGCUUCCAGCAGUGUUUCCAAGAAGAACAGCAGAGGAGACAGAGACAAGCGCCUCCCAGAAAGAACCCGAAGGUGGUGAGGCAGAAACAUCCAGGCAGGAACAGGGUUCUGACCCCUUGGAAAUGGCCCAGGGAUCUGGCCUUUCCAUCUAUCAUCAAGGGGUAGGUUUGCAAAACAUGCACCCAUACAGUCCCACAUAUCCAUACUACCACCCUCACAUGCACCCAUACAUUCCUACAUAUCCUUACAACCACCCUUACAGGCACCCAUACAUUCCUACAUAUCCAUACAACCACCCUUACAGGCACCCAUACAUUCCUACAUAUCCAUACAACCACCCUUACAGGCACCCAUACAUUCCUACAUAUCCAUACAACCACCCUUACAGGCACCCAUACGUUCCUUCAUAUCCAUACAAUCACCCUUACAGGCACCCAUACAUUCUUACAUAUCCAUACAACCACCCUCACAGGCACCCAUACAUUCCUACAUAUCCAUCCAACCACCCUUACAGGCACCCAUACAUUCCUACAUAAUUAUACAACCACCCUUACAGUCACCCAUACAUUCCUACAUUUCCAAACUGGUAGCCAUACAUGCACCACAUAGACACACAUCCCCUUACUGACAUACAGUCAUACAUGUAUUUUGGUAAAGCUGAAUAGGGCAUUUUGAUCCUGGGAGUAAUUCCGAUUGCCGUUAAGGAGUCAGGAAGGAAUUUUUUCCUCUAGUGAGGUUUUUUGCCUUCCUUUGGAUCAAACAGCCCUUUGUGGGUUCUGUUGGGACACUUAUUACUGAAAUACAAUAAAGUUGUGACAAUCAC